AUGGUGUCCUUCUGGCCAUGGAGGGGCGAUGAUUCCUCUCCUGCCUCCUUUGAGAAGACCCUGUCUACCCUCUCCACAAAGAUCACAAACUCCCAGGCCCAGCUCGACCGCCUGAGAGCCACCGCCCGCCGGGUCAAGGUUCUCUCCACUCUGUACCUGUCUUUCGCAUAUCUCGUCUACGCUAUCGUCUUGCUGCUGGUCGUUGGGUGGAAGAACAUGGGUGUCUACGAAUGGUCCGGAAUGGCCGCUGGCCCCGUCGUCAUAUACCUUGUCCGGGCUGUCUUCGCCCUGUACUUCAACUUCCGUACCGACUCCCUGAGUGCUCGCCUAAAGGACCAGCAAAACGAGCGGGCAAAGACAAUCCAGAAGCUCAAGGACGCCACAAAAUACGACUCGACCCUUGAGCUCCUGCAAAAAUACGGCGGCGCUGACCCCAAGUCCUCAAGGGCGAAGAAGGCAUCCGGUGAAGAUGAAGGAGGCGACGCGUCUGGUGGCAGAGGAAGCCGCGGAAAGAAGUCACGACAGGGUGCAACAGGAGGCAGCCCGCCCAAUCGGACCAACAUGCCGCCGCCGCCCACAGCCAACAUCCCGCGAGGUGACGCUCGAGUGCAAUUCUCACCUGGCCCGGGCACACCGCAACAUGCGGCGCAAAGCCCCUUCAGCACCCCUUCCCAGCCUCCGCGCCGUCAUGCUCCGGAGAUAGAUGCCUCGGCGGAGUUUGCGCCAAAUGCCUUUGAUAAUGGCAACUUGCCGCCAUCACUGGCAGCACAGCACGAUGGGGCGUAUCUCGGCGUGUCCCAGUCCCACUGGUACGACAGAAUCCUCGAUCUUUUGUUAGGAGAAGAUGAGACGGCGCCAAAGAACCGGAUCGUUCUGGUCUGCAGCCGCUGCCGCUUGGUCAACGGACAAGCACCGCCCGGCACAAAGAGCCUGGCAGAGCUGGGGAUGUGGAAAUGCAUGGCCUGCGGGGCUAUGAAUGGGGAGUUGGACGAAGGCAAGCGGAUCGUGAAAGAAGUGCUUGGUCAGUCACCUGCAUCACCAACCUCGGUAAAUGACGACGAAGGAGAUAGCUUCAAUGCCGAGGCUCUCAAAGCAGAUGGAGACUCGAGUGAUCUCGUUGAGAUCGGAAGGGAUGAUGGAGACACGGAUGAUGAGAAGGCUGUGGAGGACGCAGAGCCCAUGAUAGCAGAAAACACGACUGGAGCAAGGAAACGCAAGGGCAAGGGCAAGAAAUAG